CUUAUAUUGGAGCCCGAGCCCGUACAGAAGGUAGGAAAAUAUACUACUUGGUUUAAAGAUAAUUCGUUGGUUAUGGUAUGGAUUGUUGGUACUCUUACUCAAGACAUUGCCAAUGAAGUCCUGCAUAAGGAAAGUGCAAAGGAUAUGUGGGAUUCCCUUGCAGCCACCUAUUCACAAGCAAGGAAUGAAACAAGAAUUAUGCAGCUUCAUCAUGAUAUUCAUCAGAUGCGCCAAGAUGGUCGCCCUCUACAUACUUAUUAUUCUAGUCUCAAGUCCAUGUUUGAGAGACUAAACAGCUACUUUCCUGCAUGUAAGUGUGAACAACAGAAGGCAUACAGAGAUAUGCUUAUGGUCGGAGUAUUUCUGUCUGGAUUAGACUCUGUUUAUGAAUCAGCAAAGAAUCAGAUGCUCACUAGUCCCUCGAUUCCUCCUAUUGAUGAAGCUUAUAGUAGGCUAAGCAGAAUUCCAAUCCCUUCAUCGACUGUUCUUGAUACCACUUCUGCUAUGCUUGCUACUCGUGGCAGAGGUGGGUCCCUCUUUGCCAGAGGACGAGGAUACCGUGGCCGUGGCAAUACCCCUUCGCGCCCAGUAUGUCAGUUUUGUCAUCGCAUUGGUCACACUGUGGAUAAGUGUUGGCAGAAACAUGGUCGUCCAGCUGUUGCCAAUCAGACUGUUUUUACUGAUUCUCCAGAGCAGCCUAAGACUCAGCAUCCUGUUUCCUCCAGUGAGUUACGUGCAGAUGAUAUUAUCUCUCAGUUGAGACACUUGAUUGGAGAUAGACCUCAACAAGCUCCUGAUCCGACCACCUCUACUAUCACUACUGCUGCCAGUGCAUCUUCAUCUGGAUAUACUGACGGGCAGGGUGAUUGGCAGUGGCCGUGAACAGGGAGGUCUUUACAGGCUAGUGCAUCCCUUUCCCUUUGCUGGGUCUACCUCUGCAGGGUCGUCCUCAUCCUCGGCUUAUACUUGGCAUUUACGUUUUGGACAUCUACCGUUUCAGAAACUGCUGCAUGUUCUUCCUCAGCUGUCUCCUAAGUCUUCUUUUCAAUGCGAGUCUUGUCAGUUGGGCAAACACCAUCGGUCAUCCUUUCCUCCGCGGCCCAGUCGAAGUAGCCAUUCUGUGUUUGAGUUACUUCAUUUUGAUGUUUGGGGUCCGAGUCGUACACCUGCUCUUCAAGGUCAUCGAUAUUAUCUUGUUGCUGUCGAUGACUAUAGUCGUGUUAGUUGGGUUUUUCUUAUGAAGCAUAAAUCUGAAGUGGGUCAUGUAAUCAAAAAUUUUAUCAAUGAAAUUCUGACUCAGUUUGAUACUUGUGUCAAAAUUGUGCGCUCUGACAAUGCUCUUGA